GCGUUAGGCCGAUAUUACAUUUGUCGUACGACAAACUUUUUAAGUGCAUUGAUUAGAUAAUGAAAAAAAAGAAAUAAUGAAUGAAAAAUAAAGCUAUGACAAUGUAAUUUUUGUUUUAUGCGCAUGUUAUUAGAAUGCAGUAGAAAAUGGAGAAAUUUUAAAAUAGCGGUUUCUAUACAAUUUUUGUUCGAUAUUUCGACCUCGAUAUGUUUUUGCUAGAUUAAUACUUAGCGUAGGUGCGUGUGUGCGUAUUGUUUUGUGUCAAUUUUAAAAAUUAUUAAAAAUGUUCGUGAAAAAGUUACUCGAUAUCGCGAAUUGUCAAAUCCAGGAAAAUAUAACAAACAAUAGAUCGUCUAAUCCAGGAAAAUAUAAGAAGCAAUUGAUCGAAACGGGCAACGAUUAUUUGUUCGGUCUAUGGGGAUUGAUUGUGCAUUUGAUUUUAUUAUGGGGUGUGCUUGAUGUUAAUUUUCAUUCGCCUAUCAUUAAAGAAUUGCCGGUUGUAUCAGUACCGAGUGGAUCACCGGCUAAAAGGGUGUUACUUUUCAUCGCGGAUGGUUUGAGGUUUCAAACAUUCAUAGAUAAGCCACCACCUUUUCUCAGAGAUAUAAUGACCAAUAAAGGAGUUUGGGGAAUAUCUCAUACAAGAGUGCCUACAGAAUCAAGACCAGGGCAUGUCGCAAUUGCAGCAGGAUUGUACGAGGAUCCCAGUGCUAUCUUCAAGGGAUGGCAGGAAAAUCCAGUGGAUUUUGAUUCUGUCUUCAAUCAAAGCUAUGCAACUUGGGCUUGGGGCAGUCCAGAUAUAAUUCCAAUGUUCACAAAAGGUAGCAAACGAAAUGUACAUGGAAGAAGUUAUCCUUCCACAUGGCAGGAUUUUGAUUCAAAUUUAAAUAAUCAGACAAUGCGCUUGGAUUCAUGGGUUUUUAAUGCUUAUUUGGAAUGGUUACAAUCCUCGGUAGCUGAAACAUUGAAAAAUCAGAAUGGAAUCAUCUUGUUUUUUCAUUUACUUGGGUGUGAUACUCUAGGACAUGCUAAAAAACCAUAUUCCAGGGAAUAUAUUGAAAACAUGAACUAUGUUGAUCUGAGAAUUGAAGAAGCUGUGAAUAUGACAGAGAACUUUUUUGGAAAAGGUACCACUGCUUAUGUAUUCACAGCAGAUCAUGGAAUGACAGAUUGGGGAUCUCAUGGAAGUGGUUUGCCGUCCGAGACUGAAACACCAUUAAUUGUUUGGGGAGCAGGAGUAAAAUUAUCUGGCUUUCGUCAAGAUAUUGAACAAGCGAGUAUAGCUCCUCUGAUAGCGUCUUUGAUAAGAAUUCCUGUUCCUGUAAAUAAUGAAGGUGCAUUACCAUGGCGAUACUUUGAUACAAAUUAUCAGGAAUAUGUUGGACAUUUUUUACUCAGCAAUGUAAAACAACUUGCACAUCAAGUAACUGGAAAUCGUGCGAUAAAUGGCGAGACUAGUACUGAUUGGCGAGAAAUGCAAUUAAAUAAUAGAAUUCGUAAAAUCGAAGAAUAUUUUGACGAAGGAAGUAUAAUAGAUGGAAUUCGAGAGAGUGAAGAAGCAAUUAAUUUUGGCAAAAAAGCCUUUUCAUAUUUCAGACAAUAUCAGCGAAUACGAUUUUUGCUAUAUCUGUCGAUAAUGUGGCUUGGCUGGAUAGUUAUAUUAUUCUUGAAAAUAACUGGAACAAAGCGUCGAUGUUUGCGAAUCUCUCUACUAGUAGUUAUAAAUAUCGGAUUUGCAAGUCUACUGAUAAUAAUAUUAAUCGGACAUGCAGUAUCAGAUUGCAACAACUGGAGAUUACCAUGCUACAUAUGCUUUGCCAUAAUAUCUAUAUGGUUUGCCAUUGCUAAAAUAAUUACGUCGACGCCUGUAUUUGCAAAAAGAAACAAAAAGAAACUUUUCAUAGAUAUCGGAGGCACACUGUUGUUAUUAGUAAUACUAUUUGUUGGAUUAACAUAUAGAUUUGCUCUCAGCAUAGGAAUACUCUCUCUCAUAUUGAUACGAAUAGCAAAGUCGGAAAAUGUACCAGUAUUUAUGAUUUGGACGUCGAUAGCAUUAUGUGCAUUUCCUUUAUUGCCAGUCGUGGAACCAUAUCCACGCGUCUAUAUUGUGAUAAUUGGCAUUUUGGUAGCGAUGUCGAUAAUGAUUAUCAAUGAGACAUCGCAGAGUCGGAGAAUAAUGGAAAUUUUACGUUUAAUCGUUACAAGCCUCGUGUACACAGAAUUUCUCGAUGGUAGAUACUGGAUAUUGUGGAUUAUUUUACUGACUACACCAUUGUGCAUUUGGUAUUAUCCAACAGAAACUAAGAGAAGAAUGCUGGGCAUAAUGCUUGGAUUUUUCUGUCCUCUUACAUUAUUGUCUGCGUCUUAUGAGCCACUCUUCUUCAUUAUACUUACAAUCAAUUUACUUUGUUGGUUACAAGCCACUUCAAGGAGCUCAGGAAAUACACAAAAGAUUACAAAAGACUUGAUCAAAGCAGCAUUUUUUAUGUUGUACAUACUAUUGUGUUUCUUCGGCACAGGUAAUAUGGCGAGCAUCAGUUCGUUUGAUCCAUCUUGGACGCGUCACUUUGUUACUGUUUUUUCUCCAUUUUUAAUGACAUCUUUAAUACUUUUCAAACUUAGCAUUCCCUUGAUACUAGUCGGAUGCGCGAGCUAUUCACUAGAAUCAGAAUACAAGAAGCCUGUUUCUUUAGCCAUUCUUUUUUUAGGCGAUUGCAUAUCGCUACCUUUAAUGCAUUGUGUCACGCCGUACGGCAGUUGGCUCGACAUCGGUAGCGCUAUCAGUAAGUUUAUUAUCGCUCUUUCUCUUCCUUGUCUUUUUGUACUGUUGCGAUGUCUUUCAUAUCCACUUAUGGAAUUGGAUUUAAAACGAUUCCGGAUCGAUUUACUACCUCAAAAGAGGCACAUAGUAUAAUUAUAUAUAUAAUUAUAACAAGAGACAUAAUUACAUUAUUACCUUUUGUUGGACCAAAGUUUGAGUGGGUUGUUUUAAUCGUGCAUUUUAAACAUCCACCUGUUUAUAGACGAUUGUUUUGAGAAUAUAUUAUAGAUUGCAAUAUAAAAUUCAAUACAAGAAACCUUGAAGUACGACAGUGCAUUACAUUAAUGAAUUGUGUGUGAAUCAACUAUCCAUAUUUGGUGCCAUGUAUUGUUGCCACUGUUACUAUAAUGAAAUGUAUAAUUAAAAAAUUGAACAAA